GAAACAAUAAAAUGUUUAAUAGUCUGCUUAAAUAUCAUUGCAUAGCAUACUUUACAAACAAAUUUUAGUUACGUAAAUUUUUUAGAAAAUAUUUGGUAUAUUUUGAUUAUAUUUUAAGCGUAAUUCAAUUGAUUUACUUUGUGCAUGCCCAUAUUUCACUAAAAAUGCUGGCCCUCAAAGCUCUGGGCUCAUCAGCCCCAACAACUGCACUCGCUGUUAUAAAGAAGGGUGCAUUUGCUCCGGCUGUAGAUCAAAUCCGACAGACCCAUUUACCAGCUCCCAGCCCAACGGAAAAGCGCCCAUAUUCACCCUUCCAAAACACCUCCAACAUGGCUGAGUUUGCUGUAGCCAGAUUAGAUGACCUUCUGAACUGGGGUAGGAAGGGUUCCCUGUGGCCCAUGACGUUCGGCCUCGCCUGCUGCGCCGUGGAGAUGAUGCACAUCGCUGCUCCUCGCUAUGAUAUGGACAGAUAUGGUGUGGUCUUCCGUGCAUCCCCUCGUCAGUCUGAUGUCAUGAUUGUGGCAGGUACACUGACCAACAAGAUGGCCCCAGCUCUAAGGAAAGUCUAUGAUCAGAUGCCCGACCCACGAUGGGUAAUCUCAAUGGGAAGCUGCGCCAAUGGUGGCGGCUACUACCAUUACUCUUACUCAGUUGUACGAGGUUGUGAUCGGAUCGUCCCGGUAGACAUCUACGUGCCUGGAUGUCCUCCCACUGCUGAAGCUUUGCUAUACGGAGUUCUUCAGCUACAGAAGAAAAUCAAGCGAAUGAAGACAAUCCAAAUCUGGUACAGGAAGUAAAUAUAGCAACACGAAUCAUAAUAUAAUAAUUAUUGUAAUUAGA